GCACCUCGUGCAUUAAAUUAAAUCCAAAGCUUUGCGUUGCAUUUUAAAGAGACAGCGUGGAGAAACACAGCGACACUAUCCAGGCACUAGUCUCGCCUGGACCCUGGGAGCUGCAGACAGAGCGGGGCAUUGAUGCACUUUGCUAAUGUGACUCCUCCCCUCCCCUUCCCCUCCCCCUCUGGUCUUCUGGUGGAAGCUGCAUUGCAAUGCAUAUCUAGAUGCAUAGCACCCGGUGCAUUAAAUCGAAUGCAAAGCUUGGCGUUGCUUUCUAAGGAAAUGGCGUAGAGCUGUACAGCGUGGGGGAUAUAAAAACCCAACACAGCGUCUACACCUCGUCCCGCCUGGAGCCUGCAGUCAUGGCGACGCCGCGCGGCGGAGGGAAGCCCGGCUCCGGGCUCGAUGACGACGAUGGCGGCGGUUCCCGCUCUCCGUCCCGAGACACAGACGGCCCGAGCCGCCGCCGCCGCCACUACUACAUCGGCCAAGCAGUCGCCGCCGGGAGCUACAGCCCCGGGGAAUACUGCAGGAAAGUGCAGGAAUGGCUGUGGCAAUAUUACGGCUACGUGCAGUGGCAGAGCUGGGCGACCACCAUGAUGAUGGCGGCCGUGACCGCCCCGCCGCUCCCUCCUUACUACCCGGGUGCCGUGGGCCGCCAGGGCGACGCUGGAACCGCCAUCAACCCUUUCUCGCUCUACGGGCCGUACUUGGCAGCACCGGCCGAGGCACAGAGCCGGGGCGAGCAGCAGCAGCAGCAACAGCAGCAGGAGGUGGCCACAGCCUCGGGCAACACCGGCGGCGGCCGCUUGACCACCCCAAAUACACCACAACAAGCGGGCAACGGGCACCCGGGAGGUCGCGAAUACACCAUCCCAUCACUGAUGCAUCGAUUCCUUGCCGAGAUGGUGGAUUUCCUAAUCCUGUUCCUGCUGAAAGCUGUGGUGGUGUUGGCAGUAAUGCACUUCUGUGGCAUCAAAGAUCUUUCCAAGUUUGCACUGAAUUACAUAAUUGAAGAAAUCGAUGAGGACACCUCUCUCGAAGAUCUUCAGAAAAUGAUGGCAGUAGCAUUAAUGUACAGGCUCUUGGUCUGCUUCUAUGAGAUCGUCUGCCUGUGGGGAGUUGGCGGAGCCACGCCUGGCAAGUUUCUGCUGGGGUUACGAGUCGUUUCCUGUGACAGCUCGGUGUUGGUUGCUCCGAAUCGUGUGCUGGUCGUCCCAGCACAAAACGUCAGCAUCUCAGCGUCUGCCAUACGAGCAUUGAUCAAGAAUUUUUCAAUUGCCUUCUUUUUCCCGGCCUUUGUUACAUUGCUGUUCUUUCAACAUAAUCGCACAGCCUAUGAUAUUGUAGCCGGGACGAUUGUUGUCAAGAGACACGGUGUGAGAUGAGAACACCUCCGAAGACUUGUAACUUUUCUCAAGCCACUGCUGUGGAUCUGCCUAGUUCAGAAGAUGGGGGUGGGGGAGAUGAAAACACCCUUUCCUGACUGCACUCCAAGAUCUUGGGAAAGGCUGGGUUGAGAAUGAACACACUUACCUGCCAACGUCAUGACAUUCCAGAAAUGACUUGGGAAUGAAUCUGUUCUGAUGGUUGACACUGGUCCUUUAUGGGUCAUGAUUGGCUCCCACGCUCCACAUCAGAAAUUUGCACAAUUUGACUCAAAAUCAUCGAAGGAAAGGAUCGCCUCAAUUUAUUCAUAUCAACUUAAAAAUAAUAAAGCUACACAAAAUUUAUUUCACCAUUGCCAGUUUCUGUUUCAUUUUAGACCCUUCCUCAAUGCAUGUCUGUGUGUGUACAGGAGAAUCAGCUUGGAGUCGGAAGAAGGGUCUCGACCCGAAACGUCACCCAUUCCUUCUCUCCAGAGAUGCUGCCUGUCCCGCUGAGUUACUCCAGCUUUUUGCGUCUAUCUUUAGUUCCGCCACUACAGGUAUCAACCUCUGAAACCAAGACUUGGACCACUACUCUGAUGCCUGAAAUACCUGGAGCGUUUGUACGUGAAAUCCUUUUGUAUCUUGAAAAAUGUUUUCGCUAAUUACCCCGGGGAAAUAUGUGGGGAAAAGAAAAAUGAAGCUUUGACAUAGAUGCCUUAUGAAUAUGAAAAGUGUCACUUACCUCUAAAACUGGCUCUGUUUCACAGUGAUAAAUCCUUGUGCUCAGUAGUAGUUUCUUGGAUUAUGAGAUGUUUUUUGGCAAAAAAUAUUUAAUUGCAUUUAAUGAUUUAUUCAAGAAAAUGUUAUAAUUGGAUAUUUUACGUGUACUGGAGUGAUUUCAUAUUGUGUUGUGCAUGAUCAGUUGCGUUUGUGAUUUACGUUACACAGUACCACCUAAUUUACUGUUCCUGACUGUUUUUGCCUGUUAUGAUUUAUUUUAACCCCAAAUAAUUGCAAAUUGUUCAAUUAUAAAAGAUACAACAU